AUGGACCAAGACCCUCUUGUGCAGGCCCUGCCACCGGCCACAGAUUAUCUUACCUAUCUGACCUUGCUCGAAUAUCAACUGACCUCCGAGCGCCUGCCGUUGCUACACACCCUCCUGCAGGAUGAGAAGCUGACUGUCAACAUUGGAUGGGACCUCGUCAAGCUGCUCUUGCCUCUGCUGCCCGAGUCCACAGAAUGUCUCCAGGAUGUUGCUCGCUUGGGCAAUCCCCGCGAGGUCAUCUUGCGGGUAUCCGAAGCCCUGAUGCAGCUGCAGCCCGACGAGGAGGAUGAUGAGGACGAGGCCGCCGCGGCGAAGGCACCGCCCCUCCAUGUCCUCCAAUUCAAUUGUCUUCUUGGGAUGCUAUCGGUCCUCCAUACCCGGAUCCAGACCAAGUCGCCGAGUCGUUUUGUGGCGACCUCCCUCCAAGCAGCCCUGGAAGCCUACACAGCAAUGCCGACUAACGAAACCACCCUGGCCUUUCUCGAGUUCUUUCGUGAGGUGGCUCCGACAAAACGGCCCGCGCCGCCACCCCGCACCGCCAGUGAGUCCAGCGUCCUGCGGGUUGCCGCUGCGUCUGCGCCGGACCCCGAGGCCGAGGUUUCGUCUCCGUCCCCAUCUGCCGACAACGAGACACUCCUGCUCCGGAAGUUUAUCCAGUUUGGCCUUUUGGAAUUGCUCAAGUCGUACCUCUUAAGCUUCUCGAGUCCCAUGGACCCGGGGAUGGCAUGGGCCAUUCGCAUGCAGGAACAAUUGCAUCCUGAUCUGCGUGUGCCCGAUCAGUCGCAGACGGAGGCGUAUGGCGCCAAUAAAGAGCUCAAGGAGCGCGACUUUAUCAUGGGAAAGAUUGCCGCCUUGUCGAGGGACGUUGGGAUAGAGAGCAACCAGCUUUUAUCAAUUAUCUCUCAAGCCCCAGCAAGCCAGCCUCCUCCACUUGACUUUGACGAACCUCCAGUUUCGGCCGACGAGAUCCCCCUUGAACGUCAUGGUUCGCUCUUGCUUCUCGCGGCUCGAGCCGCCGGGACCACGUUUUUCACUUCCAGGCACCCCAUGCCGCCACUCCCUGUAUAUCCAGACUUGGCCCAGAUCUUCUCCCACUUUGUCGGUGGUUGCCAAAAUCUGAAUGAAGUAGCAUUCGGACAGCCACAGGCGCUUCUCGACUCGCUACUGGCAUUGACAGUUCACACUACUCAGCAGCCCAUUGCGACGCCGUCCAGUGAGUCUGAGUUCAAGGAUUUCAUUGUCACCCUGACCGCAUGCACCUCUCGCCAAAGCCAUGGCAUCGUCCGCCAGAUUCCCGCCGCCAUCGUGCACAGCCAUCCAUCCCCGAACACACGGUUCAAGCUGAUUGGCAAGAUCUUGGCGGAUGAUCGUCUACACCCGGCUCGGGACAGUGCGAUCUCCUGGCUGAAAGAGGAGAUGAUACGCAGCGCUCCUGCAUCUUCGGAUAUCUUUCUCGAGCCCCUUCACUUCUGGGCUCUUUUUCAUCUCCUCUUCCGACCUAUCGCCGUGGCUGGAGCAGCAUCAGACCUGGUCGGCCGCUGGUCCGGCCUCACUCAAUCCCAGGGCCCGGCUCUUCACUCGGCGUUGAGUCUAUAUUACCUACUCCUCUCAUCACCUUCGCUCCGAGACCGCCUCCAACUCGAGAAGACUGUCAAAUACUUCCGAAGCCAUGUCGUGGACCCCCUUCGUGCUCUCUUCCGUAGCUUCGAGGCAGAUCUCACAUCUAACGGUGGUGAUGGGCUCAUCCAAGCUGCCGUCGGCGAAGAAAUGUGCCAUGUCGGUAUUGCACGGUCUGUGGGGCUUCUUGGUCUUACCCUGGACCAGAUCGAGGAUGUGAUCAGCGAUACUUUCGGUACCGACGAGGCGGAUUUAGGUGAGUAUUCCGAGGCAGACGAGGCCAAGGCAGUGGAGAUUCGCAAGGAGACCGAGGUUUGGAACUAG